AUGUCGGAGAAAUUUGAGAUCACAAACUUGGACAUGAAAUCAGGGAUGACCCUGAAAAUUAAAGGCAAGAUCCACAAGGAUGUAAACAGCUUCACCAUUAACCUGGGCCAGGAGCAAGACAAGCUGAACCUGCAUUUUAACCCUCGCUUCAACGAAUCCACCAUUGUCUUCAACUCUCGUGAUGGCGGCAGCUGGGGACAAGAGCAACGAGAAAGUAACAAGUGCUUCAGUCCAGGAGAGGACGUCAAGAUCACUGUGGCCUUCCAUAAUAAUGAGUUCAAGGUGACACUACCUGACGGACACACGGUGACCUUCCCCAACAGGCUGGGUCAAAACCACCUGCGCUACCUAAGUAUGGCCGGGGUCCAAAUCUCCUCCUUCAAGCUUGAGUGAGCACGCAGCACCUC